AUGGCAUCUCCUGGUAGAGACCAGAGGCGCGCUCCCUCGGGAGCUGACUGGGAGAGGUUUCGACCGGUCUUCACUCACCUGUACCUCGAAGACAAUCGUCCUCUGCCUGAGGUUAUGAAGAUCAUGAGGGAGCGCCAUGGAUUAUGGGCAAGUGAGAAGAUGUAUAAGAACAAGAUCAAAUCAUGGGGUUUGCGAAAGUACCUCAAGGAGGGCGAGGCUAAGCAGAUCAUGGAGGGGGAGGUUCCGACAACCAGCAGAGACUUGGAUCUGGAUUCCCUGAAGAGGAAAGCUGAACGUGCGUUGAAGCGGAAACGGAGUCGCAAAUCAUCCCAGCCACAAGCUUCUCCUUUUGCUUCAGAGUUAUCACCGACAGCCUCGUCGCCUCCACCUUCUCCAGCUUCCGAAGCGGUAGUGCCAUAUUCAAAGCCAACAGAAGCACUACAGACUAUUGUCGUUCCGUCGCCCGAGGGAUUUCGUAUUGCGAGUGUCGCCGAGCAAUUCCUGUUCAACCUACGUGGCUGGACACAUGAUGCAUUUGUCCACGGUGAUUGGGAUGCUAUGUCUUCUACCCAGCAUAACCGAGGGCGCCAGGCAUCGCGGCUCCUAUCAUCGAGUCUAACCGCAGGGAUCAAUCUUUUUGACAAUGGGAAGCAGGACCUCGCUUGGGCACAGUGGGGAAAGGCCUUUGCAGGUUUCCAGAAUUCCGAAUUGUUCAAGUCGUGGUAUUACGAGAUACCGAUGGCCUUACUUUUCGAAGUGGGUCGGGUGGCUUUCAGUGGCCACCGGCAGCUUGCCGAGUUGCUCUUGAAAAGUGUCAAACGAUGGGCGCAUACAUUUUUGGAUCCAAAAGAUUCCCGCCAUGCCCUCUUCAGCGUCUUCGGCGAACUUGAGGUUGAACAGCUACGAGACCUAUAUACCCGUGCUGCCCGCUCUAUGUACGACGGUCUCGAGACGCGAAUCGACAAGCGUAACAAGCUCUUGUACGAGGUUCGACUUAAUCGAGCUCUGGACCUGCUAUGGUACGAUCCAGACACAGAUCUGACAGAAUGGCUACCACAGAUCUCAGAAGUUGAUGCCGUGUCUCCUGGGCUUUCUGUCUACUUUAUGCUCCUGCAAGCUUACAGACUUGUCGCCCAGGAUCAAUAUGAUGAAGCCGAAGAGAUCUGUUCCCAAGUCCAACGGAGAUUGACGACCUUGCGAGAGAUUCCAGGAAGCAUAGAUCUCUGGCGGGUAGGACUUGCUUAUCGCAGACUUGGGCGACAACAACAUGCCAAAGGGCGCUAUGCAGAUGCACGCCGAAGUUUCAACACAGCACUAAAAUAUGUGCAGAACAACAACGAGCUGUCAAAAUCCGUUCUGAUUGAGAUCUGCCAGAGACAGCAAAGCAUGGCAAACAUGAUGCAAGACACCGAGGAUGUUUUCUUCUGGACCAGAAUGCUUGAGUCGUUGGAGCAGGAUACCAAAGCACAAGUAAUCGAGGAACUUGACGUAUCAAAGGACGACGACGACGACGACACCGAAAACGAAAAGCUCUUGGUGAAACGGAGGCGAAUAUCACCUAAUCCCAGCCGGAGUUCCACGCCUGCCCGCCGGGGCACCUGGUGA